UCAAGACAUGGGGACUGGUAUGCGGAGAUGCUGCCCGGGAUGGUUCCUGUAGCGCUGCUGGGAUCGGCGGUAUACCUCGUGAGUCUUUCGAUCCUCCUUUUCCUUCCCGAUCUUGCUCAUGAGAGAUACCUUGAUGAAGCCAACGCACGUGUACGGGAACUCGAGCAGCAGGUCGAUGUGCUUCUGGCUGAGCGUGUUAAUGGCCACUCAAGCUCAAAC